AUGCUUUGUGUGGCCAUCAAUUCGACGAUGGAGAACAUCACGUUCCCUAAUGAUGCAGAUACUUUACGUUCUAUAAAAGCUGAUUUCUUUAAGAUAGCGCAUUUUCCCAAUUAUGUAGGGGCUAUUGACGGGACCCUUAUACCAAUCAAAGGGAUGAGUGGGUUGGCAGAACCUGCAUUUAUUUGCAGGAAGAAUUACUGCGCCUUGAACAUCCAGGCUGUGGCUGACCCAAAUAUGCGAUUUCUCCACAUCAACACGUGUUUUCCCGGAGCCAGCCACGACGCGUAUGUGCUCCGGUCUUCUGGCGUCCCAGCAAUCAUGGAAACAUUGCCAGAAGGGGGAUGGUUACUUGGGGAUUCAGGUUACCCCCUGAAAGAAUGGUUACUUACACCAUUUUUGUCACCAAGUAACCCCCAAGAAGAAAAAUACAAUGAAGCUCUAUCAAAGACGAGAAUAGUUGUUGAGAGGGCAUUCGGAGUUCUAAAAUCCAGAUUUCGGUGUUUGCAUUCAAGUGGUGGGGGACUUCGGUUUUCACCGCAAAUAUGCUCCAAAGUCAUUGAAACAUGUUUCAGACUGCACAACACAGCGAUCAUUGCAAAGGAAACAGCGCAGCAACUGAGGAUACGUGUGGCUGGCUUGUUAUGA